AUGUCAUCUGCACGGAAGAAGUAUAACGAGACGAAAUGGCAAAACUUCAGUAUUGAAGAAAUGAGAAUCAUCGAGCGUGAACAAUGGAAUUGGCAUUACUGGAGAGCAAUUCUUCCAAACGGUCGAGAGAUUCGUUUUAAUGUUUCUUACUUUGAGAAAGAGUACUUGAAAUUGGAAAAGUUGAAUGUGUUUAUAAUUGAUGAUGACGACUUAUCAUUCAUUGAAAGUAUCAUGAAAAAUGAAGAUGCAGCGGUACACAUGAUGGAUCUCGAGCAGUUAACGAUAGGCCGAAAAAAGCAUUUCUAUGUUCGUGCAAUCUAUACGGGAAAUCCGAAUGAAGACGGCGCUUAUUCGAUGAUUUAUUCGAGGAACGUGUUCACUGAGGAAAUACUGCAAAUAAUUCCGUUACUUAUGAAACAGCAAAACACUCCGUUAGCUGAUUCUGACAGAAGACUCGAAAAUUAUAAAAAUAAGUGGAAAUCAAGUGGUGAGCAUCUUUUCACUGCAAUUGAGUUGAAUGAAUUUGAGGAAGUUCUGAAGGACUUUGACAUUGACAAGUCACAAAUUACGGUGGAAAUUAUUGAACGCAACGGUCGCUUCGGCACAACACUGACUCCGAAUGGUGUGGCAGUUAUGGAACCUUCACAUGCUGCCUACAUGCAUUUUAUAUCUCUUGUCUGUGGUGUCAAUUGGAAUUCAGAUGCUGUGAAAGGAAACAUGAUUUAUUUUCAACAAGUAAUGAAUAAAGUAAUAGAUCGAUACAGAGAAAUGAAGGGAACCUUUGUGUAUAUAUGGAGUGUCGUUGAACACAUUGAAACAGCAGCACGUUCUUUUUUCAUGACUCCACCAGUGGCUCUGGUGAAUGUCGACUACAGGUUUUCCGAUUUUUCACCCUACUCAUCUCCAGUUCCACUCGACACCUACCAUUCCAUUUGUCGGUCGUCCGGACUUCCGAUCUACCGAGACUUCACUUUAGAACCGAAUCAUAAAAGUGAGAAUAUUCCUGCAUGGAUGGCUCGUUUCUUCGUACAGGCUGGAUGGAUCAAUGUAUUUUUUUCUCAUCCCAAUAUGAGAGUGAACAAGAACUACAUGGCUUCAACACUGAUGAUGAGAAUAGUAGAGGACCCCGCAACUUUGACGGAUUUUCUAGUGUUUACGAAAAAUGUGUUUUUUUCUGGUGGAGAUGCCAGAAUAGCAGAUUCCGAGGUUGACUUUAUUAUUGGUAAGAUAGAGAAGGAAACAGAAAGAAACAAAUUAUUGGAAAGCGCAAAGAAGAGAGAAGAAAUUCUUCGACAGAGGAAGUUAGAUAAGAAGAAUAAAACUGCCAGUGAGCCAAGCGGUUCUAAGGUCAAGACAGUCACUCCAGAAGCAGUUGGACAGAAUAAACCGGUUCCGUCUGAACGGGAAAUUGAGCCUGAGAAGAAGAAACCGAUGCAAAGCAAGCUAAUUCAAACUAGUCCUGUCGAAUGUGACCAUUGUUUGAAAUCCUAUAAGGUACGAGAUGAGGUGAAAAAGGAACUGGAAGCAACGAAGAACAAACUAAAACAUUCAGAAGAGAGAGCAAAACAGGUCGAUAAGCUAGAAAAAGUUUUGAGUGAGAACAAGAAGAAAUUUGAAACGCUAGAAUCUGAAGCGGAGAAAAUGAAAAGUUUGGAAAAGAAAGUUUCAAGAGUAGACGAGUUAGAGAACAUUUUGGAAGAGCGACAUAAGGAAAUUGAGGAAUUAAAACACCAGAAUACGAAGUUGACAGAAGAAAACUUUGAUAUCAGACAAAUGGAGGGAAAUGCGUAUGAAGACAUGAAGUUGAUGGAAGUGGAGCUGAGGACCCUGAAGGCGGAACGAAAACAUUUGUUGGAGAGUAACAAAUUAAUCACCAAAUCGAGAGAUCAUUUGACAGAAAAGGUAAAACAACUUGAAGCUCAAAUGAAUAGUGGUAAAAAAGAAACCCAAUCGCAGCAAGAAAUGGCAGAAAGAGACAGAAUUAUUCAAGAACUCGAAGCGACAAGUAUGCGUGUAUCGAUUAAGAAUCAGGAACAAACCAAAGAGAUUCAAAAUCUGUUGGAGAAGUUGAAAAUGAGCAAGCAGUGA